AUGAGCAAAGUGCCCACCAUCAUCACCACCACGGCGACACCGCCAGCGCGAGACGCUGCGGGCCUCCCUACAUCUCCGCAGACAGACGACCCACUCAACCGCAGAAUGAGCGACGAGGUCGGCCUUGAGACCAUGAUGGAGGAAGCCCCGCCAGAGCCCACAAUCCACCAGCUCGCACAGCAGGGUGAUGUGCGCGCGCUUGAUGCCAUGCUGGCGGCCGACCCUAAAGUGGACGUCAACUCUCGCGACGCGCAGGACGUUACACCGCUGCACUGGGCAGCUAUCAAUGCGCACAUCGCCGCGGCGCGGUGGUUGCUCGACCACGGAGCCGACGUUGAUGCUAUUGGCGGAGAGCUCAAGGCUACGCCUUUGCAAUGGGCUGCUCGCAAUGGGCACCUCUACGUGGUGCACCUCCUCAUGACACGGGGUGCUGACCCCAACAUCCGUGAUGCACAGGGCUUCAACACAUUGCAUUUGGUGACACACUCGAGCGCGGUCAUGCCGCUGCUUUACAUGCUUCAGCAGCCCGUUGCCGUUGACGAAAAGGACACGGAUGGACACACGUCUCUCAUGUGGGCAGCGUACCAAGGCGACGGUAUUAGCACCGACCUCCUGCUCAAGGCUGGCGCGUCCGUCGCAUCGCGCGACAAUGCGGGUUUGACGCCUCUGCAUUGGGCCGUGGUCAAGGGCUCGCCAGCGUGUAUCAAGCACCUCGUCGAGGCCGGCGCGGACAUGAACAUCAAGGAAGAACAGGGCAAAACUCCGCGCGACAUGGCCGACGAGCUCAAGAGCACUGUUCCACUGACAAAGGCGCUCGAACAGGCCAACUGUGAUGCCUAUGGAAGGACAAUCCAGCCUAGGUUCGGCCAGCGUACCACCCUUGCCCUCCUGUUUUUGGUGCCGAUCGUCGCCCUUGGUGCCGUCUUUGAGACGUUUGCCCUGUUACCAGCCUACUUGUCCCUGCCACUCACCUUUGCCUACUUUUACGGCAUGCACUAUGUGUCUAUCAAAGUGCUCCUUCGUCACAGGCCUGCCGGCGAGCGUAUGGCUUCGUCACCGUUUUACGCCGCCAUCAUCACCGCUUCACUCUUCUGGGUGUUUUACUGCUUUGUCACUCGUCUGUUGACCGGCACUCCGGGAUACCUAUACAGCCAACUGGGCUUCUUUGUGUCGUUUUCCCUCUGCGCGUUCACGUUCUACAAAUCGAUCCGUACCGACCCCGGGUUCAUCCCCAAGCCCGAGAACGACGACGAGUGCAAAGAGGCCAUUGAGGAGCUUACCGACCAAGGCCGUUUGAACGGUACCAACUUUUGCAUCUUUUGCAUGGUUCGCAAGCCCCUCCGCUCCAAGCACUGCCGCGUGUGCAACCGUUGCGUCGGGCGGUUUGACCACCACUGUCCGUGGAUCUGGAACUGCGUCGGGUACAACAACCAUCGCUAUUUCCUCCUGUUCGUUCUUUUCCUCAUCGCAGGCAUCAUCUACUUUCUCCGUCUCACCACCGCCUACAUGGUUGAGAAUGCGCCCGCCUACGAGAUUCCCGAGACGCCCGAGCUGUCACUCUGCGACAUUAGCGUUACGCUGUGCCGCGCCACUCGGUAUGACUCGUUCGUCGUGGCCGCGGCCUUUUGGUCCAUGCUCCAGCUCACUUGGACGUUUGUGUUGGCUCUGUCGCACCUGUGGCAGAUUGCCCGCCAAAUGACCACCUUUGAAGUCUCCAACCUGGGCAGGUACGGAUACAUGGGUGGUCGCGGAGGAACGUCACUGCGCGACCAGCACGGGGCGUUGGGCAACACCCAGUUCCGCCCCAUGGUCGCCGAGGAUGGCACCGAUGGUGUCGACUCGUCUGCCCCUUCUGGUCCGGGCCAUGGCCACGGCCACGGUGGCCACAACCACGCACACAACCACAACCACCGGUGUGGUGUCGUCGGCAGCGUAUGUGGUGCGCUCUGGCACAUCAUCACCGGUCCUCUGUUCCGCCUCGUUGGCUUUGACACGUUUACGCGCGGUCGUGCAGUCAGCGGGAUGGCACGGGCCGGUAGGGACCAGAACCCCUUCGAUCUCGGCUUUGUCAAGAACUGCACCGACUUUUGGACUGGCGCGCCUGAACUCGACUAUGUCCACCUGUAUGAAGUGCCGGCCGAGGGAUGGGCGGCGUACCGCGCCCGUCUGGCUAGGACUGGCGGGUAUCAGCCUGUUGCCCGCGAGGAGGUGUGA